AUGAGGACCCACCUGUACCCCACUGAGAAGACGCAAAUCCUGCAGCGAUGGGCCGAGCGUUUCCGAGGCGUCCUCAACCGCCCCUCCGUCAUCUCCGAGGCCGCCAUCGAGCGUUUGCCGCAAGUCGAGACCAACGUGGACCUCGACCUCCCGCCAUCUCUCCAGGAGACCAUCAGGGCCGUGCAGCAGCUCUCCAGCGGGAAAACACCCGGAUCGGACGCAAUCCCUGCUGAGGUCUACAAGCACGGAGGUCCCCAACUAAUGGAUCACCUGACUGCGCUCAUCCAGGAGAUGUGGCGUCAAGGCGAAGUCCCGCAAGAUUUCAAAGACGCAACCAUCGUGCACCUAUACAAGCGAAAAGGGAAUCGUCAAGUCUGCGACAAUCAUCGUGGCAUCUCCUUGCUAAAAAUCGCCGGGAAGAUCUUCGCUCGCAUCCUUCUCAAGCGUCUCAAUAACCAACUGGAACAGGGCUUUCUGCCGGAAAGCCAGUGCGGCUUCCGUCGUCAUCGUGGGACCACGGAUAUGAUCUUCGCCGCCCGCCAACUACAGGAGAAGUGCCAGGAGAUGCGUACCCACCUGUACUCUACCUUCGUGGACCUGACGAAAGCCUCUGACACUACGAAAUAUAAAGGACUGUGGAAAAUUAUGCAGAAAUUCGGCUGUCCUGAGUGA